AAUUCUUCAUUCUUUAAAUCCUUCACUUAAACUUUUCUAUAUGUACAACCUAAAACCGGCCAAUGUCAAAUAGAAAUUGAGCAAUGGCAAUAGUGAAGAAAACAAAAUUAGCUUCCCUUCUUCCAAGUUUGCUUCUUAUAUUUCUAUCUCUAUCCUUUAAUGUGCCAGUCUCGGGGACUAGACUCCAUUACGUAGUUCGCAUUCCCGUUCAUUCUUCGCGAUCCACUCCGCCGUCUUCAUCGUGUGGAAGUGGUAUUUAUCACGUUGCCGGGGCAACAGAGAGGUUGUGUAGACACCCUAAAAAACCGUCUGCUGCUUCAAAUCCUUGACUUCUCGUAAAAGUUAGUAAAUUUGAAGAAGACAUUCAGUAUCAAAUUUCCAAAUCAUCAAAUGUUUGUUAGUCAAUAAAAUUAAAGAAUAAUCUUCUUUCUCAUUUUCUGUUCUAGCAACUUUAUUUGCUUGUUGACUUGUUGUAUUUGUGUUUGAGAAUAAUUUCUCGGAUUUGAUUUGUGGGUUUUGUACCGUGAAAGUUGUUUAAUCCUUUAUUUAUGAUUAUUAACCAAACCGGAAAUUAAAAUCUUAACCGGGUAUCUCAGUAAACAUUUACAUUUGAUAUCUACACUUACUUACCACCUUCUUAUUGUUUGUUUCUUACCAUGUCUCCGGUCUGUUACCUUCCCUACAAAAGAUCAUCAGCUUCAAAUUCCGUUACUCCGAGCAUCGCAAGCGUAAGAUGACUCUUCAUCUCAGAUUUUGUCCGUUGCAACUGCGGAUAACAGUCCAUUAUACCCGGAAGAUUUGAUUUCUUCCGGCUUGAUAACGUCCUUAGUUCUAUCCCUUCACCGCCUUUUAGGAUUGAAAGUAUCUCCUUCAUCCCCGGUCUUCGUGAUUCCUCAUUGAUCACACACGCUGCCGCAGCUCGGAUCAUACGCUCCAUCGAAGCCGAGUUUUUUCUAGUACAUUUCAGCCUUGGAUCUAGCAACUCCUCUGUAGCUUCUAUCCCUCUAUGCAACAACGGUUUUGCCUGCACAAAAAUAUAUAAAACCAAGCCAUUGAUGCAAGCAGAAGUGUAGCCAAAAUGGUUAUUUUUUAUUAAAAAGGUCUUAAACUGCAUUUGACAAUGUUAUAAAUCGUUAACAGUUUAAAGAUCAUUAAAACUUAGUUGAACCGUAAUUUUUAGCUUGACCAAAACCCGAAUUUAGUAUGUCAAGUCACAAAUUCGAAUUGAUGUAUUGAGAAGCGUCCAUUUAUAGGAAAAGGGGCUUGUGGAGUAUAAGUGCUACAACUACCAAAAGUCAAAUA